AUGCCGUUCAUCUCGUCCCCCGCCGCCUUCCCUUCCAGUGCCCCUUCGCCGGAUUCGCAGAAGAGGAAGAACGAUGAACAGUCGGCGGCGGCAGAGCCAAAGAGGCAAAAGAUUAUGGGAGGAUUUAUCGACGAGGAUGAAGACGACGAAGAUGCUAUGGAUGCGUUCGGAGAUGCGCAUUUCGCGAGCCAGUUCGCGAUUGAAGAGACCAACGAACAAGCCAUUCAACUUCCCAAGCCGAUUGAAAGACCACAGACCGAUACCAACACCAUAGAAACACCGACAGUCGAUCCGGUAAAUGAGACACCUAUGCCCAGAACCGCCGAAGUUGUUACAUCACGACAAGUGCCUGGGCGAGUGCAGAUAAAGACUUGCUCCGGCAAAUCUCUCAACGUUGCGAUGAAGAAGCCUAAAGCGCCGGUAACUUACGAAAGACUCAUUGCGGGUCGCUCGACGACGGCCCCGGGGAGGGCGCAGAAAAGCUACUACGGAAUCGAUAUUCAUAAAUUACUAGACGAAGCGGCACAAGAGCCCGAACGCCAAAAGACAUCCCAGUUACCGUCAGCUUUACCAGUACACCCGUCAAUUGAAUCAUCGUCAGCGAACCACAAAAGUAAAAAGAGCGCGGCUGCAAUGUGGACCGAGAAGUACCGUGCUCGGAAAUUCACAGACCUCAUCGGAGACGAACGAACGCAUCGAUCCGUUCUACGCUGGCUCAAGGGCUGGGAGCCCAUAGUUUUCCCGAACCUCGCAAAAUCCAAAUCCAAGAAGCAGGCCAAUGGUUAUGAAGAGAACGAACGAGCACAUCGAAAGGUCUUGCUGCUAUGUGGACCCCCGGGUCUUGGAAAGACCACCUUGGCGCAUGUUUGUGCCAGACAGGCAGGCUACGAAGUUCUUGAAAUCAAUGCCAGCGAUGAGAGAAGUAGAGAUGUGGUGAAAGGUAGAAUCAGGGAUUCUCUUGGUACCGAGAACGUUAAGGGUAUGAGUGUGGAAGUUGGUGAGCACAAGGUACGAAAGGUCGGGCGGCCGGUCUGCGUGGUCGUUGACGAAGUGGACGGCGUGGUCAGUGGAUCUGGAGGAGGCGGUGGAGAGGGAGGCUUCAUGAAGGCAUUGAUUGACCUUGUUCUUCUGGACCAAAAGAACGCGGCACGUUCUGAACAAAACUCUACUGGCAAGAAACGAAAGGGUGACAAUUUUCGAUUCCUCCGUCCACUAAUCUUGGUUUGCAACGAUGUCUACCACCCUAGCCUACGGCCACUGAGGGCAUCCUCCAUAGCCGAAAUGAUUCAUGUCCGACAGGCACCGCUAGAGAAUGUUGUUUCCCGGAUGAAGAACAUUUUUGUCAACGAAGGCAUUCCUGCCGACAACGAUGGGGUGAGACGGCUCUGUGAAGCAUCCUGGGGCCUCGCUCGAAGAAAACAAGGCAACGUCAAAAACAGCGGGACGGCCGAGGGUGACAUUCGCAGCGUCCUCGUGGCAGCAGAAUGGGUCGCUCAUAAGUUAAGAUAUGAUAGAGAAGCCUCGCUUCGGCUAACAAAAAGCUGGCUGGAGCAGCGCGUGUUGAGCGAGGCUUCAGGGGGUGGCUCCUUUUUCAAAGGCUUGAAUCGGGGAGGGGUACGCGACCUUGUCGACCGCGUUUUCACAGAAGGCGCAGGACUUGCAGAUGCCCCCGUCGGCAUAGAUUCCUUCCGCGAUGCUUUCAAUGACAGCGACAAGGUGCCCGUGGGCGUUGCAGACCUGAAAAAACGCCAUGCUAUCAGCCGGUUGCGUGAGAUGGUUGAUGCUAGUGGAGACCAGGACCGCUGCGUUUCCGAAUGCUUUGCGUCAUAUCCUCUGCAAGCCUACCAGGACGAUACAUUCCUUUCGAAGCCUAAUGCGGCCUACGAAUGGCUGAGUUUUCACGAUACUGUUUCCUCCAAGGUCUUUUCAUCUCAAGACUGGGAGCUCAGCCCAUAUCUCAGUCAGGCGGUUGUCGCAUUCCACCAUCUCUUUGCGUCUAACAAAGGCAAACGAAAUGCCAUUGGUGCUGAUGAGGAGGAAGAAGAGGAGCAUCCAUUCUCCGGACCCCGAGCAGACUUUGCGGCUUUCGAAGCCCAGAAGCAGAAACGUGCCAUUAUCACAGGGUUCCAGUCUUCAUUAUCUGCCCCGCUGCACCGUCUUUUCCGGUCAACGGAUUGUUUGGUGGGCGAGCUCAUUCCGAACCUCAUGCGAAUGCUGUCGCCCGAUGUGAAGCCCGUGGUGGUCCGCGGGAACGGAGAACAGAGGAGUGUAGCCAGCGUUCGGAAGGAAAGUGAGCGCACUUUGGUGCAGGCAGCAGUCCGCGCCAUGACGGCACUCGGCGUGACUUUUGAGAAGGUGCGAGUCGAGAGUGAGGGUGGUGCACAUGGGGGGUUCGCGUAUCGGAUGGAACCGCCGCUCGACUCAUUGGUGAGCUUCUCCAAAACUAAAGGGCUUCUGCCAGGCACUAGCAGCUCAGGGCCCGUCCGGUAUGCCGUCCGCCAAGUCCUGGAUCAGGAAUAUCGCAAGGAGACGGUGCGAAAGCAUUCGGAAGCACUCAGCUCGUCAAAGAUUGGCAGCAAGGCAGCUGGCAAGUCUGCCGACGGCCAGGAUGUUGAUGAAUCAAAGAAGAAGGGGAUCAAGGAUGCCGGGGUCAAGCGAGACUUUUUCGGAAGAAUAAUCAAGGAGCCCACGCCACCCGUUGAAACUUCGCAAGAACGUACCGUGCAAGACGAGACGUCCAAGGCAGGAAGAAAGGCUUGGGUGACAUACCAUGAUGGGUUCUCGAAUGCCGUGCGCAAACCGAUAUCCAUGGGUGAACUGAUGGCUGGUCUUUAA